AAGAAGAAGAAGAAGUAUGAUUCCGCCUGCCUGAUCCGUUCCCUUAUGACUUUCACGUUUUAAAUGUUUAUUUUGCAGCCGGCAGAACAUUAACUCAAAGAUAUAUGUUAUAUAUUUAUAUUAUAUCUUUACUUUAUAUCGUUGUUUUACAUCAAACGAGUAGCAACAGUAUCUCUGGUCCGGUCUUUUGUCACUCUAAUCAGCUGCUGUGAUAGACAACACUAGUUGUCUAGGCUACCUGUUGUCUUAGCGACGCCAGCUGCUUUUCACACUAGUCGGUGCGUAGUUGCUAUCUCUAGCCUGCAAUGGAUUUGAAUGAGCUGAAAAGAGAAAUGGAGGAGGAGGACACCUGCGACAAAAGGCACAAGAUGUUGAAUGAAGCCGAAAUACAAAAAAUUGAGGAGGAACGACACGAGUUAAAUACCAAAAGAAGCACUACGUGGGCGACAUCAGUGUUCAACGACUGGCUGAAGGAGACGGGUAGGCCUAGCACUACAGAAUAUGGAGCUGAACAGUUAAAUGGACUGCUUCGUUCGUUUUAUCCUUCCGUUCAGACGACAAAGGGUCAGCCUUAUUCCAUCGCUAGUUACCUGUCACUGAGAGCGGGCAUAGCUCGCAAUUUCCAAGAGUUCAACAUCCUAACAAACGAAAAGUUUAAGAGCAGCAAUGACGUAUUUAAGUCCAUAAUCAAAAAGAUGAGGAAGGAAGGCAAAGACAUCAGCCAACAUCAUCCUGCAAUAUCUCCCCCAGACCUGCAGCUCCUCAGAACAACGGAGAUACUCUCACCUAAUACUGCAUAUGGCCUUGUCCGCAAAGUAUGGUUCGACGUUCAGCUCCAUCUCGCCAGGAGAGGAAGGGAGGGCAACCGAGGUUUAACCAAAGAUUCGUUUGUCAUACAAAACGAUGAAAAUGGAAACGAGUACGUGUCACUGGCAUACAACGCCGAUACAAAAAACCACAAGGACGCAAAAGACCCCUCAAAAUCAAAUUACAGUGGCUUCAUGUUUGCGGAACCAGACAAUCCCGCCUGUCCCGUCAAGAGCUUCAAGAAAUAUCUGUCUCUCUGCCCCCCCAAUGCCACGGCGUUUUAUCUACAUCCCUUAAAAAAGGACCAGCAUAUCCUCAAUCAACAACCAAUAUGGUACUCUAGAGAGCCAAUGGGUAGUAAUUACCUCGGGCAACUUUUGCCACAAAUAAGUCAGGCAGCAGGGCUUUCUCAGAGAUACACUAACCACAGCCUUCGCAGCACAGCUGUCCACCUCCUCUCCCAGGCUGGUUUGGAGGCUAGAGAAAUCAUGCCCGUGACUGGACACAGAUGUGAGUCGAGCCUGCGGAGUUAUCGGACCCCAUCCCUCACGGAGAGAGAAAAGCGGAGCAGGGAACUCUCUUCGGACAGCGCAGGUAAGCUUACGUGUAAACUUGGCUACAGUAGCCUAUUUGUGUUGUGAUCAGGCUAAUAUGAAUCAAUAUGGGAGGUAGAUGGACACUCCCAACUGAGAUCGCUCCCGGACGUGUAGUCCCAGGUGUUUCUAUCACUCCCGGACGUGUAGUCCCACCCGAUUAUAUUUCACGUAUUAUCAUACACUGCCACAUACAAGCAAUUUAGGGUUAGGGUUAGGGUUAGGAACACUGACUUGUAUACUAUAGAAGUCAGUGGAACAAAAAACUAACAUCAAAAAGAUAACUAGCUCCGUUAUAUGGCGGUGGGAUCGAUAGUCUGGCUAGUGGGAGCGCGCCGACCAGGGAGCGUCCUGCGUUGGGAGCGACAAUCAGGGAAUCAUAGAAUAUUGUGCUCUGAAUAGUCAGUUGGUUAGCUGGCCAGUUGGUGACCUUAUUAGCGUUUCUGUAACGGUUAUACAUUGUUAUAAAACAGACAGUUUAAAACGCAAACUUCCUCUUGCAAAAUAAACACUUAAAACGAGAAAGUAAAAAAAUAACGGAACAAAUCAUGCAAUUUCUCUUCCGUAUACGUCAUACUGCGCAUGUGCAGUGUGCAAAGGGAACGGAUCGGGCAGGCAGAACCCGUUGGCACCGACACCCAUGACAAAAGCAGCACCGUUUUAUGAGCUGUGAAGGAAUUGAGGGCAAAACGAGGAGGCGAGAAGUUGCUCUGUUGGUAGUGCUAACCGUACUAUUUGGGAACAAGCAUAUUCUCAGGAACAGAAGAAAGGAGAUUGUGGUUUCACGACAGAUUGUUAAAACAUUCGUUGUAAUGGCUUUUCACCCCGCCCCCGUGGCCAUUUUGGGAGUCAGCAGUUGACACUGGAUGGUGCAGGUCGCCAAAGUUUCUCUGUUAAAAACACGUCUGGGUGAGAUUGUGCGAUGUCUCAAAGCUGUUGUGUGGAGAACUGCAACAGCAGACGGUUCGACAAAAGUGGGAACAGAACUGGCAUCCGUUUUUUCCGCUUUCCUCGUUGGAAAAGGCACCAUGGCGAGCAGGCAUCCGAUGUGUCCAAGAGACGUCAGCUGGCCUGGUUGGCUGCUGUUAGAAGAAAGGAUUUCUCUUUUGACAAAAUUCCUGGCACUACGAGAAUCUGUUCUCUGCAUUUUGUCCACGGUGAGCCAUCGUAUGAGAUGCUGGAGCAUCACCCUGAUUGGAAGCCAUCUUUGCUGUUGGGCCACAGCGACGAUCAGGUGCCUGACGAAGGAAGGCCUAAGCAAAAACCCACAGCAAAAACGAAGCAGCAGCAGCAGUGGCACACAUCACCACAUGAAAACCUGUAUGGUGAACCGGUGGAGAACCCAGAAGACCUGGAUGCUAUAGGUGAACCAGCGUACGAGGUGGACGAGGCAGGGCCAGACUGGACCUGUCCCAUCAUGCACAUUGACUCUGAGGGUGAAACCGUUCCGUUUACAGAGGAAGUGCACUCCAUCAAUAGGCCUACCGAGCAGACACGACAGGGGACGUUGACUUGUGAAAGUGAAGAUGAAGGUCGUCGAGGUGAAAGUCAUCGUGAUGAAGGUCGAGAUGAAGGUCGCGAUGAAGGUCGCUCGAGUUGGGAGCAGGCCACGGCAGAGGCUCUCCGGAAGCUGAAGGCGGCGGGCGUUACCCCGACAACUGAGGAGACGGCCCAGAUCAUCAUGGGCAGCCUGAAGGACGCCAACGACGCCCUCCACGCCCAGACCUGCACCCUGCGCACGCAGCUCGAGACUGCACGCUGCAAACACCAGCAGCAGAUUUGGGCACUGCACGAGAAGCUGAGAUUGAAGGCGGUGGGAGUGGCCCCUUACGGAACCUCCUCUUCCUCUACGGCCGAGACCUCCCAGGUCAUCAUCGCCAGCCUCAAGGACGAGAAUGGCUCCCUCCAUAGGCAGGCUGCCAAACUGCAGGCACAGCUGAAAGAGGAGCAACUUAAACACGAACAGGAGGUCCAGGCUCUUCACGACAUCAUAGAGGCCAUCCAGCAGGACUCUCUGCAGCCUAUGCAGCAUUGGCGACUGGACAUCUUGCAGAACAGGCGCCACGGACAGCCAGUCCGAGUGCCAGGCACGCGGAGCACCACCCUGCGCUCGCAGCUGGACACGGAGCGGAGCGAGCACCGGCAGGAGGUGCUGCAUCUGCACGAGAAGCUGGAGGCCAUGCAGCGGAGCAUGGAGGACAUGCAGCAGAGGAUGCAGACCAUGGAGCACGCCAGGGGUGGGUAUAGGCAGCAGAGGAUGCAAAUCUCAAAAGAAAGUGAAUAAAGAAGCACUCAUCAGA